GAGUUAUCUAUGGUAUGUGUAGCAUAAUAAGUAAUAGUGAGGUUAUAGUCGUCAGCCGCACUGAGUGAAAAAAUUAAGAGAAAUUAAGAAAAUUAAUGAAAAUGUCUAACGAGACAGCUAAGAGUUCAAAAAUUCUGUACACUUCUGAAAAAUAUGGUAGUGACGAUAACGGAGAUGGGACUGAAGCAAAACCUUUUAAAACUCUUUUAAAAGCAAUGAAAGUUGCUGGUUCAGAACCAUUUCCAUCGUUUUAUGUUGAUGGAAAAACAGAAGGAGUUAAAUUUGAACUUGUAGCAAAAUCUCAAUUUAAAAAAAUUUACAAAAUAUGGUUAAGAGAGUCUUAUAAGGAAGCUGAUAAGGGCAAGAAAGAAGAGGAGGACCUACGAAAACGGGAGAAGAAUUUAGAAGAGGCAAAGAGAGUGAUAAUUAAGUUAGAUGAAACUUUACCAGAAGCAAAAACAAUUAAAAUAAAUGAAGGAAAUGGAUUCAGAGACAAAAGAGUACAUAUUUAUGGUUGGGUUCAUCGUUUACGUAGGCAAGGCAAAAAUUUAAUGUUUAUUACAUUGAGAGAUGGAACAGGAUUUUUACAAUGUGUUUUGAAUGAUGAAUUAUGUCAAACAUACAAUGCUUUAGUUUUAUCAACGGAGUCAUCAAUUCAUCUAUAUGGUAUCAUAAAAAAAGUUCCAGAUGGAAAACAGGCACCUGGUGGACAUGAACUUCUUGUGGAUUACUGGGAACUUAUUGGACUUGCACCACCUGGGGGAGCAGAUGCAGUUCUAAAUGAAGAAGCUUUGCCAGAUGUUUUGGCUGAGAAUAGGCACAUACUUAUUAGGGGCGAAAAUACAUCAAAAAUUCUGAGAAUGAGAUCAGUUUUGCUUAAAGCUUUUAGAGACCAUUACUAUGACAGGGGUUACUGUGAAGUUACUCCUCCCUCAAUAGUGCAAACAAUGUGUGAAGGAGGUUCAACAUUGUUUAAGUUAGAUUAUUUUGGGGAAGAAGCUUAUCUCACUCAAAGUUCACAGCUUUAUCUUGAAACCUGUCUACCUUCCAUGGGUGAUGUUUAUUGUAUUGCAGAAAGUUUUAGAGCCGAACAGAGCAGAACCAGAAGACAUUUAGCAGAAUAUUCUCAUGUAGAAGCAGAGUGCCCCUUUAUAACGUUCAAUGAUCUUCUGGAUCGUUUAGAGGAUUUAAUUUGUGAUGUUGUAGAUAGGGUUCUAAAGUCUCCCUUGGGGGAAGUUGUGUAUGAACUUAAUCCAAAUUUCCAGGUUCCUACUCGACCGUUCCUUAGAAUGGAUUAUUCAGAAGCAAUAGUGUAUCUAAAAAAAAACAACAUAACUAAAGACGACGGAAGCUUUUAUGAAUUCGGCGAGGACAUACCAGAAAUGCCUGAACGUAAAAUGACCGACCAAAUAAAUCGACCCAUCAUGCUUUGUCGGUUUCCUGCAGAAAUAAAGUCCUUUUAUAUGCAAAAAUGUCCUGAGAACCCAAAGUUGACCGAAAGUGUAGAUGUUCUUCUACCAAACGUUGGUGAAAUUGUUGGUGGUUCAAUGAGGAUGUGGAACUUAGAAGAACUUAUGGAAGCGUAUAAAAAGGAAGGGAUUGACCCUGCCCCAUACUAUUGGUACACAGAUCAGCGAAAAUACGGAACAUGUCCUCAUGGUGGUUAUGGACUUGGGUUGGAAAGAUUUGUCUGUUGGCUACUCAACAGAUACCAUAUAAGAGAAGUCUGUUUGUACCCAAGAUAUCUGAACCAUUGUAAACCUUAACUAGUGGAACUGUUUUCUGGGAUUUAACGUUGCAUUUAAUAUACUUUUAAUAUGCAUAUGUGCUUUAAAAUAUUGUAAUUUUGUUAAUUUAUGUUGUGGCAUGUAUUGAUAAAUGAUAUUACAGACA